AUGUCUGGCAUCCCUUGCAGGUUUCAUUGGUGUGGACACAACAAUCCCACCUUGCCCACACGCGCGGUUUGGCCAUUUGAUGAAGGCGCGAAAGACAAGCAAGGUGCAGAGCAGGCAUUGAAAUCUGGACCAUUGCACAACCAGUGCUGGCGAGAUUCACCUACCUUCUUCAGCAAGAGGAAGUCGUUAUCAACAAACGGGUUGCCGCAUUCGUUCAGCGGAGGGAGCGGGUGCGUUCCGGUCGGUGAGUAUUCGGCGAGUUGGUGGGAAUCUGGGUCUUUUGCGACGGACAUACCCUAUGUACUAUCGCAGCCAAAGAGGCCUUUGGUCCACUAUCAGGCCCGGCUCAUGUCCGACAAGAAUGUGUUCAUCCACAAAUUUGGCCACCACCACGAUGAGCGGGACGGAGCUCUUCGGACGAUCGGUUGUUGUCCGAGAUCUUUCGGCUCGCAAGAUGUUAUCAACACCUUUGGAUUCGGACUUGGGAAUGAUUUCAGGUCGUGCGCCGAAGUCGGACUUUGA